AUGAGAAUCGAGCCUAAGUGUACUCGAGUGAUUAUGGAAAACCGAGAGCGCCUAGCCGAGCUCUCGCACGCGCCAGCAAACCAAGCCUUUGAACCUCGAACCUUAGACCUUAGCACAGCCAUAGAACACCUAAGGAUCCCUCACGGCCUUGGAAAUAAGUCUAGCUCACCCAACGCCCUUGCGCUUUCAAGCAAGCCUAGCCAGAAGCUGUUUGAUAUAGACAUCGUGUCGGCUAAAGGCAUGGCCCCGGAAAUGCCGAAAGAUCAACCAUUUUAUGAACCUGUGAAUGCAGAUGUCAAGAUCCAAAUGCUUUUGAUUUUUGACAUGGUAAUAACGAUCACGUGUGAGGUACAGCUCGAUGACGCCGGUCCCAUCAUCAAGGAGGUAGCGGCCGCUCGCAUCACCGUCCGAGGAGGAGGAAGAAGAUACGGAGACGAUAAUGCCCUGAAAUUUCCAGGGCCAGGCGCGUUGGAAGAGAAUGCCGCUGACGCUGUGGGUGAAGGCUUUCUGCGAAGGGCUGUGGCGGGCGCUUCUCAGUUGUACGCACAGCAACUUAAGCGCUGCGACGGUUGCAACGAGGACGACACCAUCGGAGAUCUCAAGAAGCUGGUUGCCGCACAGACCGGCACACGCGCCGACAAGAUCAGGACCCAUAAGCGGUGCACCAUCUACAACGACCACAUCACCCUCAAGGACUACGAGGAUGAUGUUGGCACUUUGAUUGUGCUAGCACGUCUGGUGUCAAAGAUAAUGGGGUCAAAAAUGACGUUGGGUGAAUGGUUUGAAUUCUUAGAAGUUUAUCUUCCCAAACAUAUUAUUGAUGAGACGGAGCAGAUGAUAUCUGAGAUGAGGAAAAAGGCGGAGAGGUUGAAUGAAUUUAUGCUACAGCAUAAGAAUGCUAAGAGCGGUGUGUUCGUCAUUCCCGAUCGAGCGAAGAUCAUACUUCGAUGGAUGUGCUACUAG